GCACGUUAUACAGCGUGUAAUCAACUUGAGAUAUUGAACUAUAUAAGUCUCUCGGAAAGGAAAGAAUCGCUUGAAUCAUACACAUUUCUGAGUUGACCGCGUCCAGCUUAGGUGUCAGUCAUGGGCAGAAAGUUGGACCCUACCAAGACCAAGAGGGGGCCAGGGCGUAAGUCUCGCAAGCAGAAGGGAGCCGAGACGGAGUUGGCCAAGUUUAUAAGUGCAGAUGAUGAUUCUAAAAGGUUGUCAAGCCGAGGCAGAAAAAGGGCUGCAAAAAGGGCACAGACUGUUCAAGUAUCUAAGGCUGCCAAUGCUGAGAAGAAACCUAAAAAAGGCUUUUCAGACCAGAACAGCCAGUGGCUGAAACCAGCAAAGCGGAAACGCAAAAUGGAGGAUGAGGAGGAGGAGGAGGAGGAUGACGACAGCGAGUGGGAACAAGAGGAGGACAUGGAGGAAGAGGGAGGGAAAAUGGUGAAGAGAGCUGGCAAGGGUGGAGAGGAGGGAGAAGAAGAUGACGACGACGAUGAUGAUGAUGAUGACAUGGUGGAUGACUAUGGGGCAGAGGAUGAUGAUGAUGAUGAUGCAGAUGCCAAAGAUAGUGAUGGGGAGGAUUUGCUUCCAAUUGAAAAAGCUGCCCGGAAACAAAAAGCAAAAAAGACAGACGCUUUGGAGGAGGAGAGUGAUGAGGAUGAGGAUGACGACGAGGAUGAGGAUGAGGACGAGGAUGAUGAAGAUGAAGAUGAUGAUCAAAAAGAUGAGGAGGAAGGCGAUGAUUCCCUUCAGGUCAACAUGGACGAGCUUGGCCAAUUUAAGCUGCCAGGAGCCGACCAGAGAGAGAAGGAAGGUCUCCUUCCUCUUGACUUGCAGACCAUUCACCAGCGGAUAAAGGACAACAUCGAUGUGCUCACCCACUUCACAGAGAAGAGGGAGGAGGGCAAGGAGAGGGCUGAGUAUCUCUCCCUGCUCAAGUCUGACCUGUGCACAUACUACAGCUAUAACGACUAUCUCAUGGGCAAACUCAUGGAUCUCUUCCCCUUGUCUGAAUUGGUCGAUUUUCUUGAGGCCAAUGAAAUUCAGCGGCCGGUGACCAUCAGGACCAACACACUGAAGACGAGAAGAAGAGACUUGGCUCAGGCGCUUAUCAACAGAGGGGUGAAUCUGGACCCACUUGGAAAGUGGUCUAAAGUUGGCUUGGUCAUUUUCGACUCCUCAGUUCCUAUUGGUGCAACCCCUGAGUACCUGGCUGGACAUUACAUGCUUCAAGGAGCCUCCUCUCUUCUGCCUGUCAUGGCGCUAUCUCCCCAGGAGGGGGAGUCAGUCCUCGAUAUGAGCGCAGCUCCUGGAGGCAAAACCACCUAUAUGGCCCAGCUGAUGAAGAACACCGGGAUUAUAGUGGCCAAUGAUGCGAAUGUGGACAGGCUCAAGAGUGUGGUGGGGAACAUGCACCGACUGGGGGUCACCAACGCUAUGAUCUGCAACUAUGAUGGUCGACAGUUCCCCAAGGUUAUGGGAGGGUUUGACAGGGUGUUGCUGGAUGCUCCCUGUGCAGGAACAGGAGUCAUCUCCAAAGACCCCUCUGUGAAGACCAACAAGGACGACGCGGACAUCCUGCGCUCCGCUCACCUGCAGAAGGAGCUGCUGCUCUCUGCCAUCGACUCGGUCAACGCAGAGUCCCAGACGGGCGGCUACUUGGUCUACUGCACAUGUUCCAUCACGGUGGAGGAGAAUGAGUGGGUGGUGGAUUACGCUCUGAAGAAGAGACAUGUCAAACUGGUGCCAACCGGCCUGGACUUUGGCAAAGAAGGCUUCACCAGAUUUAAGGAGCGGCGUUUCCACCAGUCACUGAACCUCACGCGGCGGUUCUACCCUCACCUGCACAACAUGGACGGCUUCUUCGUGGCCAAAUUCAAGAAGAUUUCAAACACGAUACCCACCACCGCCACCACAGAAGAGGAGGAGGCUGAGCCUACUGAAGCCGAACCGGUGCCAGCUGAGGAGAGCCCUGCUGCAGCGGCGGAGAAGAGCAAGAAAGAGAAACCCGACAAAGCCCAGCAGGGCAAGAAGACGACCAAUACCCAGCAGCCCGCCAGUGCCAAGCCCCAGAAGUCACCACAGGGCAAAGGGCAGCCGGGCAAGCCUGCAGGCAAAGCAGCGGGCAAGCCUGCAGGGAAAGCUGCUGGCAAAUCCAACGGCAUAGCAGCAAAGCCUUCUGCUGAACAGAAACAGGGCCCUGCAAAGAUACCUGGUCUUCAAAAGAAGAAAGACAAACCAGACAGACCCAAAAAGGCAAAAAUAGCCAAGCUUGAUGGGAACGUUGCGGGUGAGGAGGAGGGGGAGGGGGGCAAGGUGAAGAAUGAAGGGGGGAAGGAGGAGGGAGCAGAGAAGAAAGAGGGGAGCAGGUUUGAGAAGAAGGCCAUGAAAAAGAAACACAAAAACCCCAUGAAGAAAAAGAACAGAAUGGGCAAGAACAAAUUCAACAAGCUGAAGAAAGUCCUAAGCAAGGAGGAAGCGAUGGCAUAAAACCCAGGCCAUGAACUGAUGAUUUGAAUUAAAAACUGGUGUAAUUCUUGGGCCUGCUUGGCCUGUGGGUCUGUUAUGGGGACGUUCAUGUUGCAAGUGUGGGGAGGUCAAGACCGAAUCAUGCCAUGUUCCUGAUGACCUCACAUGAACUUGUCAAACCUGUUUGCGUGGAUGGCGCACACACAUACUGGCAGUCUGCAAAUGCAAAUACAUAUGCACACACUUGAGUAUCCAUACAUUUUGAACACAACUUCUGUGGCUGGAUCGGUCGCUGUUGGUCUCCCCCUUCCCCCCUCCCCUCCCCUCCUCACAAGACUGCCAGUGGAUUUAAGCCAUCAACGGGCAAUGGCUAAGGGUUCCUCCACAGUCUAACAGUUUAUAAUGUUUAUCAAUGUUUGUUUAUUUUUUAAUAUUUCUUUUGAAUUUCUGAAUUCAAGUGUUUUGUGAAUCUGUAAAAUCAAAAAUAUAUGAGAGUUAAUAAACUCAUGAACUUA